CCCGUCCCCACAAUUCACCUUACGGUAACCAUGCCGAACCCCAAUAGCACGAGUUCUCGUGAACGGAAAAUCCUCCGCGAGUACAACAUCACGGACGUGUAUAAGAAGAUCAUCCCUGAAGGCAAUCAUCUCUUCAUAAAGUGCGGAGACAGCAUGACGCAGGAUCUGCUGCCCGAACUCGCCAACAUUUGCGACUUCAUCAACCCGCGUCUGGAUUCCGGUUCCGUCCUCGUCCAUUGCGAUCGAGGCGUGUCGAGGUCUGCCACAGCCUGCGACCUCGCCACCGCAUUAGCCUUUGUAGGAGAAAAGAGGAAGAUUAAGCCGAACGAUAACUUUAAGGAGCAGUUAGAGGUAUGGGGAGCGGUCAGGGGCAACGUCUGGGCAGCUCCGGGAGUUCCCAAGGCGGAAUAUGCGGUUUACCUGGCGAAGAGGACAAAGAGAUUGCAGGAGGCUAGGAUGACUAGAAACAAGCCAAUCGGCAUAACGUCCUUGUAACUAACGACCUACCUUAACUGUACAAAAUCCUAUUAGAUUGCGCCACGCCUCAGGCGCAUAGUUAACGCCUGUUUUAAUCCUUUAGAUUGCA